AUGGAAUCAAACGGGAUUCAAGAACCAUUCGACCUAAUAAGACUAUCAUUGAGCGAGCGCGUUUUUGUGAAACUGCGAGGAGAUCGGGAGUUGACUGGCAUUCUCCAUGCGUACGACGGCCACAUGAAUCUAAUUAUGAGCGACGUUGAAGAAACUAUCAUGAUAGUGGAUCCUGAAAGCGCUGCUAACGGACAAGGGGUUGUCAAUGUCGCCAAACGGAAGAUGGAAAUGCUCUUCGUGAGAGGUGAUGGGGUUAUCCUGGUAUCACCCCCAGCGAGGACAUGA